CUUCAGUCUUCAUUCUGAAGCAAAAUGGCGACGCCAACUCGUUAAUCCUUCACUUUCACAGAGAUCAACGACAAACGACCAAUCUCCAGAUCUUCAGAAACUCUUCCAUUUCCCAAAAUCCAUCAAACCUUCCCCAACUCUUCCACUUCGCCCACCACGAAGGAGCUUUAAUUUCACCCAAAAUCACUGAUAAUGCAACAAGCUUUAGUAUGGCAAUCCAUUCAAGUGUACAAGAUUCCCAUCCUCGAAAUCUCUCUCGCCGUCUCCCUCACUCUGCUCUCGACGCUUCUCCGAUUCCCGGCCUUGUUACUCCACGGCCUCCUCACUUACAUCCAGCCCGAUAAUGCCCCCAGCCAGAACGGCGGCGUCAAGGCCGCUAUCCGACGACCCUCCGACGGCAACGCCGAGCCGAAGCCGAGGAAGGGUAAAUCCAAGGAGAAAUUCGAGUUCGACGAAAACCAAGCCCAGAUCUUUAGGCUAAAACUCGACGAGGGUCAUCUCCAGUCUCGCCUCUACUUCAAGGAUUACUGGUAUUCCUUCACUUACUCUCUCAUUUCCUUCGCUUGUUUGUCUCUCCACAAGUACUUGGCCGCCGGGGAAGGGGGAGAAGAACGCGAUGGUGGGGCUUUUGUUAAUGGGUCGUUAAUUCCGGCGAUUCUGAUCCUCAUUGGUAUUUUGAAGUUGUUUGUGUCGCUGGGUAAAGUUUCGUUUGAGAGAUCAGCGUCCAAGAGAUCGGAGAAGCGAUUUGGUUUAGUGGUAGGGGUUUUGGGGUUUGUGUUAGGGUUCAUCGUUUGUUCCGGGUUUGCUGGCUCGGUCCUUGAUUUUGAUCUGAAUUCACUUGAUGGGUAUGGAAAGUUCUUCAUUGCGUUCCUGAUGGGCUGCAUUGGUGGAUUUCUGUACAUGGCUGCUGGCAAGAAUGCGCGAUCGUUUUGGAUUGGGACAGAUCAGACUCGAUCUAAUCUCUCAAUAAUAUCAUGUGGUGGUUUUGCUAAAACGAUCCUAUACGGAAACUACAUUUCGGUUGCCCUUCCCGUUCUGCUUUGGAUUCGUCCCUUAUCCGAGAUCCUUUACAAGAAAGACUCUGGAAAUGCUGACCAAUUGGUGGGGAGAUUGGGUUUUGCUCGAUCCGAGUUUGUUAAUCUACGAAUUUGGAGCUUGGUAGCUUCAGCUUGCUUCCAACUUGUGGCCAUAAGACCAAAUCUGCAGAUGUUCUUGAACGAAGCCGUGCUGUCUUGGUACCAAAGGUUGCAUGCUAGCAGAGUUCCUGAUCUGGACUUCAGUAGAGCUAAAGUUUUCCUGCACAAUCAUUUCUUGUGCCUCGUGGGCCUGCAGUUCUUCGCUCCACCUAUCCUGCCAGGACAAUCCGCGAUAUUAAGAAUGCAGUGGAAGUCUUGCAGCUUUUAGAUGAACUGCCCGCUUCCCUUAACGUGAAGCGAUGUAUGAGGAAUUUAGAUUCAAGUCAAGAAACCAGGGCAGGCCAUGAUGGCUUAUCGCUUUAGAAUCUUCAUGGGAGUUUCUUGUUCUGUUUCUGUUCUCCCUUCCUUUAUUUAACAGAAAAAUGGUAUUAUUCUGGUCUGGAGGCUUUCAGCCAUUGAUGAUCGCUUUGUUGUGGAGGUAAAGCGAUGAAAACGAAAUUAGACUCCAAUCAAUGAUAAUCUGGCUU